UAUCCUUUGUAUUAUUUUAGAAUAUGAAUUUAGUAGUUGUACACGUGUUUUAUAUGUCAAUUGAUAUAAUAUUUUUGGUCGGCAACACACAAAGAAAUAGUUUAGAUGCUAAGAUUUGGCAUCAAGUAACAUAUAAUUUUUGUUUUAUGAUAGUCUCUCUACAUUUCAGAGAACGAGAGAGAGAGAGAGGUGGUUUGAUGGCGAAUCUUUUGUUCCCGGCAAACCUGAAAACGUAUUUUUUAGAUAAACAAGGAAGCAGCCUACUCUUUCCCAAUACUUUAAGAUCCAAGAGAAAGAACCAAUCUUUUAUUCCUGUUGCAAGAUUAUUUGGACAGGCGAUCUUCGAAGCUUCUAAAUUGAAUGUAUUGUUCUUAGGAGUUGAUGAGAAGAAACAUCCAUCAAAGCUCCCAAGAACUUACACUCUCACUCAUAGUGACAUCACCGCUAAAUUAACUUUAGCAAUUUCUCACUCUAUUAAUAUUUCUCAGUUGCAGGGAUGGGCAAAUAGAUUGUACCGGGACGAAGUAGUUGCCGAGUGGAAGAAGGUAAAAAGUAAAAUGUCGCUUCACGUUCAUUGCCAUAUAAGUGGCGGACAUUUACUUUUGGAUUUCAUUGCAGAGCUUCGAUACUUCAUAUUUUGCAAAGAAUUACCUGUGGUGUUGAAGGCAUUCGUACAUGGAGAUGAGGCUUUGUUAAACAAUUACCCUGAGCUACAAAAUGCUCUUGUUUGGAUUUAUUUCCAUUCCAACAUCCCUGAGUAUAACAAGGUAGAAUGUUGGGGGUCGCUACGGGAGGCGACUUCACCGGAUGGUUGUAGAACUCUAACAUGUGAAAGCAUUCCGGAACGGCCUUGUGUUAAUGAGUGUAGCUGUUGUUUUCCUGCGGUCAGCAUGAUCCCUUGGACUCACUAUCAUGGCACCAGCCACGGUGGUGCCGACGAGAAUGUAGCCCUAGUCGGAAGGAAUGAUGUCACUAAGUAUAUUUAUAAUCGUAAAAGAAACAAGUAAAGCAAGUUUUGCAUAGUAUCAAAGGGUUGGUGACACAUUAUCACAUGCAAGAUGUAUGACAUCCCUCUAGUCACUUAAUAAUGAAAGAUAAAAAAAAUUAGCAAUAAAGAUUGUAGAUACUAAUAAUGUAGAGAUAUUCUCAUAAAUCUCCGUUUUUUAAAUUAUGUUAU